ACUGUACUUUACAUCCCCGUGACUAUUUUGUAACUACCAAUUAGUACUUCUUAAUCUCUUCACUUUUCUCACCCAGCCUCUCAAUUCCCUUCCCAUCUAGAAACUAUCAGUUUGUUUUCUGUAUCUAUAAGUCUGUUUUCGUUUUGUUUGUUUAUUUCGUUUUUUAGAUUCCACCUAUAAGUGAGAUCAUCUGGAAUUUGUCUUUCUCAGUCUGACUUAUUUCACAUAGCAUAAUACCCUCUAAGGUCCAUCCAUGUUGUUGCAAAUGGGCUUAUAGAACAAUGGAGUAUAUGACAGAAUCCACUGACCGCACCCCUGGACACAUCUUGUGCUGUGAGUGUGGUGUCCCAAUUAGUCCAAAUCCUGCCAAUAUUUGUGUGGCCUGUUUGCGAAGUAAAGUAGACAUCAGCCAAGGCAUUCCGAAGCAGGUCUCUAUAUCUUUCUGCAAACAAUGCCAAAGAUAUUUCCAGCCACCAGCAACUUGGAUACAAUGUGCAUUAGAAUCCAGGGAACUUCUUGCUUUGUGUUUGAAAAAAAUCAAAGCUCCUCUGAGUAAGGUACGGCUUGUAGAUGCAGGCUUUGUUUGGACUGAGCCCCAUUCUAAGAGACUUAAAGUUAAACUGACUAUUCAGAAAGAGGUGAUGAAUGGCGCUAUCCUUCAGCAAGUGUUUGUGGUGGAUUAUGUUGUUCAGCCCCAAAUGUGUGGAGAUUGUCACAGAGUAGAAGCUAAGGAUUUCUGGAAGGCUGUGGUUCAAGUCAGACAAAAGACUUUACACAAAAAAACUUUCUACUAUUUGGAACAGUUAAUUUUGAAAUACGGAAUGCAUCAGAAUACACUUCGUAUCAAAGAGAUUCAUGAUGGUCUGGAUUUCUAUUAUUCUUCAAAGCAGCAUGCUCAGAAGAUGGUAGAAUUUCUUCAGUGUACAGUUCCUUGUAGAUACAAAGCCUCACAGAGACUGAUCUCUCAGGAUAUCCAUAGUAACACAUACAAUUACAAAAGCACAUUUUCUUUGGAAAUUGUUCCAGUAUGCAAGGAUAAUGUUGUUUGUCUGUCUCCAAAACUGGCACAAAGCCUGGGAAAUAUGAACCAGAUUUGUGUGUGUAUUCGAGUAACCAGCGCCAUCCAUCUCAUAGAUCCAAAUACCCUACAAGUUGCAGAUAUUGAUGGGAGCACUUUCUGGAGUCACCCUUUCAGUAGUUUGUGCCAUCCCAAGCAGCUAGAGGAGUUUAUUGUGAUGGACUGCAACAUAGUCCGAGAUCUAAAACGCGGUGCAGGUGCUGGAAUGGUAUCAAAAAAGCAUACCCUUGGGGAAGUCUGGGUACAGAAAACAUCUGAAAUGAAUACAGAUAAACAGUAUUUUUGUCGCACUCACUUGGGUCAUCUGCUGAAUCCUGGAGACCUGGUGUUGGGGUUUGAUUUGGCAAACUGUAACUUAAAUGAUGAGCACGUCAACAAAAUGAACUCAGAUAGAGUCCCAGAUGUGGUAUUAAUCAAGAAGAGCUAUGACCGUACCAAACGUCGGCGUCGUAGAAACUGGAAACUGAAAGAGCUUGCAAAAGAUAGAGAAAACAUGGAUACAGAUGAUGAAAGGCAAUACCAAGAUUUCCUUGAAGAUCUUGAAGAAGAUGAGGCAAUUAGAAAAAAUGUAAACAUUUACAGAGAUUCAACCAUUCCUGUGGAAAGUGACACGGAUGAUGAAGGAGCACCUCGAAUUAGUCUGGCUGAGAUGCUUGAAGACCUUCAUAUUUCUCAAGGUGCUACUGGUGAAGAAGGUGAAUCGAUGAUGACAUAAUGAGAUUUUGUUGUAGAUGGUUUUCACAUCUGUAGGCUCAGGAUGUUGGACAAAAGAACCCUUAUUGUCUAUCCCAUCUGUGCCUCAAUAUUCAGAGAGGAGAAAUUUAGGUUUAAACCUGAGGAAAUGACUAUUUUGAUUGCUCACUCAAAAGUGCUGAAAAAGAUUGAUGGCUUUGAAAUAUUAGACAAAAGAUCAUGGAGUGUAUUAUUACUGAUAUUUAGGCAAUCUUUCACGUGGAAUUUUAUUGGUUUUCUUUUUUAUGAUACAAGCAUUUUCACAUACAGUAGUGCUAGAUUUAAAAGUUUAAAAGUUGUGAUUCCUUGCAGGUUACCUAAAUCUUCAAACAUGAAACAAGCUUUUACAUUCUUUUUAUAUUGAUUGCUUUAGUAUUAUAAAAAAGCAUAUGAAGAACCAUUUUUAAUAUCAACUUGUUAUGCACUUUAGAUCAUUUUUAUGUCCUUGGGGUAAGGAAGUUGGGGUUCAGUUUAUCACGACAUUCACGAGGAAAGCUGAUCUUUUUAUUAACAUCCUCAAAAGUUGUUGAAUUGGAGGCUAUCUUAAUUUUUAUUGCAGAAGAAAAUAUAUUUAUUUGUGGAUUUGUAGCAAAUAUAGACUGAUUAUUUAAAGACUAAAUAACAAUUUGUACCUUAGUUAUUUUUGCCUGUGCGAGCAGCUUAGGGCCAUAGCUGCUUAUGUGAUAAAAAUGUCUUGGCUAUCACUUCAAGGAUUUUGCCUUCAAAAUUUUGCUUUACAAAUUGAAAAGGAAGGAGUUUUCUCUAUAUAAGUUUCUAUCAUUGAAUACAUAACCAUUAAAAAGAAUAUUAGAGUCCAGCAUAUAGAUAAAUAAAAAUGAUGUUCAUGCUUUAUAAAACCAUGAAUCAGAGUUGAACAGGAAUACCUUCCACAUCCUUGAAAGAAAAACAUUGGCUUGUGUUUUAAAGUGUUCAGAGAAUGAAAUAUUAAGAUCCUGUUUCAAUAAGCAAGAUCAUACUUCCUAAGUAUGCUAACUAAGAGCUAACUUAAGAAUUUUAGAUAUACCACUGAUUAAGGAAAUUGAGUAAGUGCUGAGUGGGACAUUUUCCCUUUUUUAAGAUUGGACUCCUUAAUUCUGAAGUUAUGAAUAAAGGCCAGAACUUUCUGUAAUGGCUCCUUUCUAUCUGCAUAUUUAAAGUUUUCACUUGUGGUCUGUGUUUACCUAUUCUUUGUCAAGACGAAAAAGCAUGAAAAUAAAAAUAUUCUUCUCCAUUUUGUGUGUCAUUGAGGUGAUUGCAUCAGUGUCUUAUUUAAAUGACAGACUAUCUCAUGCAGUUUUUCAAAGCGAAAUUAUGUUAUUUAAGUACUUGUCAUAUGAUUUUUCCCACUGAAAAAUAUAGUUUCCCACUAACAUUAUUCAGUCUUAACUCUUCUUUGAUGUCAUGUCUUUCUGAGUAAUGAAACCUAUUGGUUGAAAUAAGGCUGUGACAAGGCACAGGAAUGUAGCCAAGAGAAAAGUCGUUAGCCACGGCUUGCACAGAGUUCUACAGCCUUGAUGAAUCUUCCAUUUUUAGAGUAUAGUUUUUAGGCGUAUGGGUCCCAAAAUACUCUUGUUAUGCCCCAUCAUUGGUACAAUUUGGGAAUGCUGGUAUUAAUCAAAUUCACAAGAAGCUGAUUAUAGCCUAACUUUUAUAAAUAUGAGUAAUUUCUAAGUCAUUGUGAUCAAUUAUCUUCUUUUGUAGUGAGAUCUGCACUUGAAGCUGCUGUUUUAUAGGCAAAAGUUAUUUGAUGGGCAAGGAAACAGUUGAGGGAGAGAGUUGCUUGUGUAAUUGAGAUGUUUAAGAGCAUCGAGCUAAUUCCACAGUAGAGCCCAGAACUUUAGGCUGUGUGCCGGACACACCUACCUGUCAGUACUGAGUCAGUGCCAGAGUUUGCUCUAAACUCUUAAUUUUAGUAAAUGUGUUCAUGUUGAUUUCAUCCUUCAGAUUACUUCAUCCGUUAUUUGUAGCUCAAAGGACAUUCAUUUUUUAAAAUAAUUUAUUUUUAAUUUUGACAUAAUUUCAGAUAAAGAAAAGUUGCAAGAAUAGUACCAAAAAUUGCUGGAUAUCCUUUAUUCAGAUUUGUCAAAUGUGAAAGCUGACCUCGUUCGUUUUUAUCUCUAUUUUCUCCUGAACCAUUUAAGAGUAACCCUAAAUAUUUCAGUGUUUCCUCUCCCACCCCAAAAGAAUUAUUACAUAAUCACAGUGCAUUUAUCAAAAUCAGGAAAUUAACACUGACACAAUAUUGUUACCUAAUUGAGGACCAUAUUGAGAUUUGUCAGUUGUCCCAUUUAUAAAGUCCUUUAUAGAAAAUAAAUAAAUCUUAAGAUUGUGCAUUGCGUUGGGUUCUCAUAUCUCUUUAGAUUUAUUUGGACCAGUUCCUGAGUUUUUGUUUUAUGUAAUUGACAUUUUUGAAGAGUCCAAAUCAUUUAUUUUGUAGAAUGACCUCAAUUUGGGUUUGUCUAAUGAUUUUAUGAUUUUUGUUUCCUCAUGAUUUCUCAUGGGGUAGUCCCUUUUAGCAGGACUACUCGAGAAGUAAUGCCAGAUUGUCAGUGCGUUGUAUGAGGAGACGUGCUGUCACUUAGUCCAGAUGUUUGCAGACUUCCUUAUUGGUUUUCUGUUUUAAGGAAUUAAAGGAUUUAAUCCUUUACAAUUCUUAUUUUCACUUAAUUUUUUAAAAUUCAUUUUUAACUUACAGACAGUGAAGUUUACUUUUUGUUUACAGUUCUAUACAUUUUAACACUUACAGAUUCAUGUAAUCACCACCACAAUCAAAAUACAGAACAGUUCUACUAGUCCCUCCAACAGCCUAGAAAAUGUUGCUAUCCCUUUGUUUACAAACCCUUCCUGCCUCGUUAAACCCUGAUAACUUCUGAUCUAUU